GCUAGGUCUGAGUUCUAUCUACUUUUUCUCCGCCUCCAUCUUCCUUAGCUAAAAACUCCGAUCCAGUUUUAGGGCAGAGAUCUAGGGAGACCUCUGUUAGGGAGGGAAAUACCAUGUUGAAGCCUGGUCUUAAGCUCUCCUCUCAUGUCCUCUUAUUUUGACAUAUGUAUUUCCUAGUGUGUUACGAGAUACGACUGGAUUUGUAAUAACCAUAGUUGGGUUUUAAUGAUGUAUCAUGCUUCAAGCACAUAUUUCCCUAGAAAUCUGCUCCAUUUGCCAACUUGCUUGGAUGGUGUAUCAAGGAAACCAAAUCAAAGACAUAGUCAUCCACCAGCAAGCUCCUAUAGAAAUAAGACUAUAGAUAAUUGGGUUGAUAUUUGUAUUCUCUUUGGAUCGGAUAGAGCAUUAGGGGAUGGUGCGGAACAAUUUGAUGAAGUAGCGAUGGCGAUGGAUGAGGAGAUGACGAGUGAAGGAAUGAGCACGUCAACAGGCUCUGUGUCGAAGAAGUCCAAGGACCUAUGUGCAAUUCUAAACUCUUUCCUCUCUAACUCUGUUUUCUUUUCAUCCCUACGCCGUUUCAUCAUCAUCUCUCUCUCAACUCAAUCGCCCAUCGCCUUUUCCCCGAAGGAAUUGCCGAAUCGCCGUCAAAUUCUUGUCUCCGGUCCGAUCACCUCUAAUUUACCUCCAUCCGAUCUGCAUCUGCUUGUCUCCAAAGAGUCUUCUACCUUAAUCGUCAAUUAGCCCUAAUUCUUUUCUCAUAUUAUUCAUCUAGAACCGAGUUCGUAUACCGUACAUCCGGCUGUACCUAAAAUUAGGUACAGCCGGCCCACUUAACCAUUAAAACGCAAGCCCAUUU